AUGACAACUGGGGAGCCGUUGAUUCGUCUAUCCGAAUAUGGGAAGUCGUAUACAUGUUUAAACAGUUGUAGAGAUGAAUAUUAUGACCGUUUACAGUUCCGGAUUCGGAAACGUAAUUCAGAAUAUUCGCACCACCCGUUUUUAUGGGAUGAUUUGGAAUGUCUCAGCUCUUCAACCUCAAACCUUAGUGUACAUGAAGACGUCGAAGACAUCAGAAAAGAUGUUCCGAUCAAAACGCUCUCUGUUUCAGAGGACGGCCACCUAGAUAACUUAGCAGAAGUUGAAGGCCCUCAUGAUUUUACACAUGUAAAUGAAAAGAAUAACGCCAUUUCAACUACUGAAAGAACAGAUGUCGGUACACAAACUCAAAAACCACAUCUAAGGGCUAUAGUACAGCCCAAAGCUUUUGUACAUUAUGCUAUCGGAAGUUCUCCUGGUCCUACUUUGGGGGCUAGAAAAACUUUUAACGUCAAGUCAGACCGAGAUGUUUAUCCUUCUGCUAUACGUGCUGAGGCUCGCCGUAAAGAAAGGCUGAUUAAUUUUACGAAUACAAAUACUGUAAACUCCAAAGUAUCUUCCAAAAUGUGUGGGCCAAAACAGUGUAUUGUGAAAAGUGAGGCAAUUGAACUAAGUAAAACUGAAAAACCCGUUCCUACACUCCACAAAUCAACUAGAGUUAGCAGUAUGCCGCAACCAUCUGGGUUGGGUGCUUCAUAUUCUCGCUCAAAUAACAAUAUUGACUGGAAGCCAAAAUACUCGUGGGUUUCGGAAUAUGUCCAAAAAUAUCCGUCUUAUCCAACGUCAGUAUAUGUUCGCAGCGCAUCUGUUGCUGCUGGUCGUUCUCGUCCACUCUGCUUCUCAUACAGUCGACCAUCCUCCUUUCUGGGGAGUUUAGUCCCAUCUACACCAGUACUGUUAAGCUGUCGUGGAUCGAACUCUACUCUGAGGAGUCGUCGUGAAACCCACUGUGAUAUCUGUUCUACAUCAAACCUCAAUCAAAAGUGCUCCCGUCCACUUCUUAGCGCUUACUAA